CCUGUUUCUCUUACUUUUCCUCAUGGCCACUCAGACAGAUAUUCCACCAGAUCUUCCUGAUGAAGACAAAGCUUUCAUGUUUCAAACUCUCAAUGCUUCUCUGAAUGAACAAAUUCUCUAUGCCCUAUUACAUGGCAUAUACACUGGAAUUCUUGCUGUUACAUUGUGGAAUAUCAUCAUCAAUAAAUGCUCACCGAUCCGACGAGCCUUGGUUGUUGUUAUUAUUCUCCUUUAUGCCCUCAUUACUAUCAAUUUGGCUGCUAGUUGGUCAUCUAUAUACUCUGCAUUCAUUGAAAAUGGGCAGAGUUUUUGGACCAUAUACUUGAAGCUUAAUGGUAGGAACCAAGCAGUCUCCUGGGUGAUGGGUAUUCCAGCCUGUAUGAGUACCAUUCUUGCAGACUCAUAUAUUAUUUGGUGUUGUUGGACAGUCUGGGGACAGCACUGGCUUAUUGUCCUGCUUCCAAUCCUUUCCCUAAUUUCUGCAACUGUUUCAAAAAUCAUUGAGGUACAUCAUGACUACUCCAGUGCAUCUGACUCAGUAUUCAUGAUGCUCUACACAUCCUUCGUCCUGGCAACGACAUUAUGGUGCACACUGUUUAUCAUUUUCCGCAUUUUGACUGUUACUGGGGUUAGACAUGGAGCAGUGGAAUCCUCUGCUCUCUAUUCAAUAACUCUGAUUCUACUCUUGGCUUUCCUCAAUCACAAUGAUUUUGGAUUCUAUUACAUUGAAGCUAUAGCUGCUAUUGCAAAGGGAGUUGCACCCACACUCCUUGUUGGCAGAGCAGCAGCAGGACACACACAGCCAACUGAAGAACAUGAUGAAAGUGUGACAGUGUCAACCCUUCAUUUCCAGACAUCUUUGCAAUCUUCUCAACCUUCACAACCUUCCAUGGCAAGCUUUCAGCACUCCACCAUGCAGAGUGGAGUCCUUGAAGUGGACAUUGAAGCUCAAAGGGAGCAGUCAGAUGAGCUUGUGGUAGUUGUUGAAAGGACAGAAUAG